AUGUCAACAAAUAAUUUAUUGAUUGAAUUUGUUAAAUCAAAUAUUAAUUUUUUUAUUGGUGCUGGUAUUUUAGCUUUGAAUGCAUAUGCAUUCUAUAAUAAUAACAAUUUAAAAUUAGAUAGUUGUUCAUCAGACCAAAAAAUUAAAAUUAAGAAAAUUAUAAUUUAUCCAAUUAAAUCAUGUAAAGGAAUUGAAGUUAAAUCAUGUAAAUGGGAUAAAUAUGGAUUUGUUAAUGAUAGAAGAUUUAUGUUAAUUGAAAAUGGCAGAUUUAUGACUCAAAGAAAAGCACCAAAAAUGGCAUUAAUUCAACCAAAUAUUUCAGAGGAUGGUAAAUGGUUAAUUAUUAAAGAUAAAGAUAACACCACUAGUGAACUUCGUGUUUUAAUUAAUGACACUAGUAGAAAGGAAGUUAUUAAUGUUGGAAUUUGGAAAGAUAAUGUAAAUGUAGUAGAUUGUGGUGAAGAACCAAGUAUUUGGUUUUCAAAUUAUUUAGGUAUUGAUGGUGUUAGAUUAGUAACAAUGGCAUCAGGUGGAAGUUACACUAGAAAAGUUGAUACUGUUUAUAUUGAUAAAAAACAACAACAACCCGAAGAAAUUCAUCAAGUUUCAUUAUGUGAUGGAUCACAAACUAAUAUUUUAUCAGAAUCAAGUAUUGUUGAAUUAAAUAAUCGUAUUUCUGAAACUCGUAAAUCUAAUGGUGAAGAACAAAGAUCUCCACUUACAUGGGAAAGAUUUAGACCAAAUAUUUUAGUUAGUGCUGGUGAUAAAUCAUUUGAAGAAGAUACAUGGGAAAAAAUCAAUAUUUCAGGAUUAGUUUUAAAGAAAUUAUCAGCAGGUUGUCCAAGAUGUAAAUUAACAACAGUAGAUUACGAUGCUGGUGUUCUCAAUCCAUAUGACGAUAAUGAACCAUUACGUACAUUAGAAACUUUCCGUAAAUUUGAUAGUGGUCUUUUAUUUGGUGCUGAAUUUAUUCAAGAAUUUGAAAAUGAGGCUAAUGGUUCUGAAAUUUCAGUUGGAGAUAUUAUUAAUGUUUUAAAAGUUUAA